ACAAAACUAGAAAUCAUCAACCGCGUCAAAUACGACGAAGCGCUACACAAAGUAACAGUGAGACACUGAAAAAGAAAGAAAGCGAGAGAGAAAAAAGAGCGCGCUUCGGCAUCUCCGCCUACCGCCGAUUUCUCUCUCUACUUUCCUCUUUCUCUCUCCUCCAUUUCCUCUCGCCAGUUUCAUCAUCGUCGUAAGAAUGUCGUCAAUUUCAACCUCUUCUGCUGUUUUACUAUACGCUUCGACGCCGGCGAUUUCCGAGGAGAGACGAUCAACGCUUAGGUCCGAUUGGUUCGGCACUAAUCUCCCUUUCAAAUCUGUUAAGAGUACAGCACUUCGCAUGUCAUGCUCUUCGACAAGUGUUAGUAAUGGUUUGACUCUUAAUAUGGCAUUGGUGGAUGAGAGGCUCACGCGUAAUGUGUAUGUGGGCAAGCAAUUUGGAACAUUGGCAUAUGAUCUAGUGCAGGGAGCUCUUGUCAAAUGGAGCUCUCUUAUGGACAAGUCAGUACCUGAACCACCAACUGCAGUUCUUAUCCAUGGCAUUCUUGGCUGUCGGAAGAAUUGGGGUUCCUUUGCUCGCAGGUUGGCUAAAAGUUUUCCAAUGUGGCAGUUUCUACUUGUAGAUUUGAGAUGCCAUGGUGAUUCGGCAUCAAUUACGAAAGGACUGCCCAAUACCGUUGCUGCUGCUGGUCGUGAUGUCUUGAAUUUGGUUGCUCAGCUUCAAAUUAUACCUCGAGUUUUAGUUGGUCAUAGCUUCGGAGGAAAAGUUGUCUUGAGCAUGGUGGAGCAAGCUGCAAAACCUCUUGCACGACCUGUGAGGGUUUGGGUUCUGGACGCUACUCCAGGAAAAGUAAAACCUGGAGGCCACGGGGAGGAUCAUCCAGCAGAACUUAUCUCUUUUCUCCGGAAAAUGCCUGAAAAGAUUCCAUCAAAGCAAUAUGUUCUGGAUGCUCUUGUGCAUGAAGGGUUCUCUAAGGAUGUAGCACAGUGGGUAGCAACUAAUCUACGGCGCUCACCCAACUCAGGAUCAUCAUUCUCAUGGGUAUUUGAUCUUGGAAUUGCUGACAUGUAUCACUCUUUUGAAGAAACAAACUUGUGGAAAAUUGUUGAAGAUGUUCCUCGAGGUGUGCAUGUAAAUUUUUUAAAAGCAGAGAGGAGCUUGCAUAGAUGGGCCCUUGAGGAUAUUCGACGAAUUCAUGCUGCUGAGGAGGUAGCUGUUGAUGAGGGAGGUGGUGUGCAAAUGCAUGUUCUUGAAGAUGCAGGACACUGGGUACAUACUGAUAACCCAGAUGGACUCUUCAAAAUACUUUCUUCUUCGUUUGAAGGAUUCACAACACAACUUUGAAUGUCUCAAAUAGUUUCUCAUUGUGUCCUCAUUCGGGUUUUGACACAUGACCAACUUAAAACCAGAAAAUUUUAAUGCAUAGGUUAUUGUAGAUGAUUUGGGGCAUUAAUAUUGAAAAAAAAAAAAAAAGCAGAGGGACUCAAGAUGAGGCGCAUAAUGGAGUAGAGGAUCUCUACUGCUAAAGGAGAUGAUUUUCUCCAUCUUGUAAUGUUAGUUUAUAGUAGGCAUUCUUUUGUGCAUAAAGCCGUAUAGGAAAUUUUAAUAGCAUGUAUCAGGAAAUUCAUUGCUCAAUUUAUUUUGUAUCUUCCACUUAAUAAUUGCAGAGGUUCGAUCACUAGCUCAUAACUCACCGUAAAAAAGGAUGAUCAUAAUUUUUUAUUUUAUAAUUGUUUUUUUUUUUUUGACAUCAUGUAUUUUAUAAUUGUUAUUAUAUUAAUACUUAUUUGACAUGCAACUUGAAUUUGAGUUA